AUGCCACCAUUCGAAUAUGAAGUGAAUUCCAAGAGUGAGUUGAAGACAUCAACAAAACAGGAUGUUGGGUCAUAUGAUUUUCAAACUACUCACAUUUAUUCUGACAGUAAUUCAAGUUCCCAGACUUUGUCUUGCAGAAUUGAAUAUGAAAAUGACGAAUCUUUGGAUAUCAAGGAAGAAAUCAUUCAAGAUCAAGAGACGCCUACCGGGUAUAAAUAUAAUAAAAAAUAUGAGUCAAAGUUGAGUACAACAGAAAUAAGAGAAGGUGAUAUUUUAGUUGAUAAAAACCUUCUAGACCAAAAGAAGCAAAAAAUUUCGGGAUCCAAACAUAAACCGAGAAAGGAAUACAAAUGCGAAAAGUGUGCGCGAUGCUAUGCCCAUGCAAACAAUUUAAAUAAACACAAAAAAUUCGAUUGCGGCGUUAUGCCACAGUUCAGAUGUAAAUUAUGUGGCAGACAAUUUAAAAGAGAAAGCUUCCUGAAACGUCAUAUAGUUACCAUUCAUCAGAAAACAAAAUUAAAGACCGCGGAAAGAAAGUACAAUUGUGAGAAAUGCAAUCGAAGUUACAGUACUAUAGGUAAUUUAAAUCAACAUCAUAGUUUUAAACACGCAGUAGUUAAACGGCAUUUUAUUUGUGAUAGUUGCGGAUACAAAGCUAAUUUGAAAACUCACUUGUCAAGGCACAUCAUUACAAGCCACAUGGACCGCGUGCAACAUAAUAAAAGAUAUCAUUGCCACAAAUGUUCUCGAAGUUUCGCUUACAUAGGUUUCUUAAAUCGACAUCAAACUUCAGAACAUGCAGGAGGCUAACCAUAAUUUAUUUGCGACUAUUGUAGCCACAAAACGAAGCGAAGAGCUAACUUGAACCGACACAUUAUUUCUCGCCAACUCAAGUAGAUGUAAGAAUGCGAAAAGUGUGCUCGAAUCUUUAAAUAAAAAUAUAAUUUGAGUGAUCGUGGUCAAAAAACUAAUCUAAAUGGUUACUUGUCAACACAUAUUACUUUAGAAGACCUCAAGUAACAAUUGUUGCUUUAAAUAAAUUAGAUUUUUAUUGUAUAUAGAAUUUAUUACUGUGGGUUUUGUUUAUUUGAAAAAAGAUAUAUGCGAAGGCACAUAGAUUGAUGACAUUUUCUUUUUGAUUUACUAUAGCAAGUAUCAGUCACGAAUUAAAGUAAUAAAAUAACUGUUCUGUGUUGUAAACAGUCUUUUAUUUUCAAAUUUAUUAAAAAUGAACUGAGGUUUCCUUUUAUGAAUAAAACACCCUAUAUUUAUAGUUAUAUCAUAGAUUUGAAGGAAUUCAAAACAGGAAAUGAUAUUGGUAGUCUAUAGAAUUAAAAUGUCAUACGUGUAGCGAAGGUUUUUUUUAACGACGUCCGCUUUAGUUUGAAAAGCUCGAAACUUAUUUAACCA